AAAGGGGCGGAGGAGGAAGAGGGAUUGGAAACGCCGAAAUUUGGCAAUCGGCAUUAGAGUCGUCGAGGUAUAUCUCGCUCAGUACAUGUGCAUUAACUGUUCGUUGUAAGGUAUUCAUAUCCGUUACACCUAGGCCAACGACGCUGUGACGCGAGAGUUUCGAAACGUUUUAAAACAACAGAGGAAGAGAAGUAAAGAAGGAUAGUAAAGAAAUAAAGAGAACUAAGCGAAGUAAUUGAGCAGAGAUAAGAAAAAAAGGAACGCCAAGCCGCGAACGGCAAAAAGGAAAGGAACGAGGAGAAUAAUAAAAGCGAAACGAAACGAGUACGAGAGUAAAAAAAUAAUCACAACAAUUCAUAAACACAGUGGAAAACAAAAUACGGAAAAAAGAAUAUCAUGAGUGAAAUAAAACCUGAAGAUCUUCAAGAGUUGCUUAGCCAUUUUGCUAAAAAUACUUAUCGUGCCAAGGAUGCUGACAGUACGAGCCAGGCAAUAAUGCAGCGAUGCCUGCUAAUUUCCGACAUCGAUUACUCACACUCUGUGAUAAGCAAUAACGGUGGUGAGCUCAGCGCUCAUUAUCCUAGUCAACUGAUCGUUUUUGAUUAUGAAAAAACCAGAGGACCUCAUUCCGAUACACCGCCGCCACCGCCGCCGCCGAGGACGACAGACACAAUAUAUGAAAGCAUGUACGAUGUCAAUAAACUCAGGGAUCUUAUGAAAAAUGCAAGAUUCGCAAGAUGCAGGGCCAGGUUUCCCCUGCCGGUCAUACUCUAUAAAGGGAAACAUAUCUGUCGGUCCGCCACACUGUCUGGCGGACCUGAAAUUUACGGCAGGUCUGGUCUCGACUAUUUCUUUUCGGGUAACGACGGUGCCAUCUCACUUCCUCCUGAAGAUGAAGUCGACGAAGCUACUGGCGGAGAAUUUGCUUCUGGAGAUUGGCAGCUGUUUGAUAGAGUCAGAAGCCAAGAUAUAAAACUGCUCAAAACCCUCAACGUUGGGACUAUCGUCGACUUUAUGGUAGAAAAGAAGAAGGUGAAAUUUGGCAUGAAUGUCACGUCUUCGGAAAAAGUCGACAAGGAGAAAAGGUACUCAGACUUUACCAUUAUCUCACUGCCAUAUCCUGGGUGCGAAUUCUUCAAGGAAUACAGAGACAACGACUAUAUUGCAAAAGGCCUUGUAUUCGACUGGAGCCAAGCUCAUGUUGACGCAACCAUUGGCGUCCCAGAAGAUCCAGUCUCCACUCAGCUCAGGGUAAAUUGGGACCAGUACAAAAUCUGGGACCUAGUCAAGCUAACGCAGAACUACAUGAAGCUCGUUUUACGUUAUUUAACCGACAGUGGAAACGGUUUAUUAAUCCACUGCAUUUCUGGGUGGGAUCGAACUCCAUUGUUCGUUUCGCUGCUGAGGCUAAGCUUAUGGGCAGACGGAGUGAUCCACCAAUCUCUGGACGCACAUCAAAUACUCUAUUUCACCAUAGCGUACGACUGGAUGUUGUUCGGCCACAACUUAGAGGACCGGCUUAGCAAAGGAGAGGAAAUAUUCUUCUUUUGUUUUUAUUUCUUGAAACACAUAGCGGACGAGGAAUAUAGCGUAUUGAGCCCACGCUGCUCAAGGACUAAGCACCCGGUACUUAGAACCGACAGCGAUUGCCAACUGGACAAUGUCAUGUUUGAUAACGAAUCCGUAGUCACGCUUAGCUCGGUUAGCUCAAAUUUAAGCCUCAACAGUUGGUGCAGUUCCGUUAGUCAAAAUAGCCGCGAUAGUCAAGACAAUAAUCCACCUGCCAUCUUCACAGUUUCCUCUGCCAGCGAUAGCAACGAAGAAUGUCAAAGCAAUGGAAACGUGGUUCCGUGGACCUUUUACACUUCCCAAAAUCGGGAGAGUGGCGCAUUGGGGCCGCGUUCGCCUUUGCCGCAGACUCGAACAUCUCCCGUCGCCGUACCUGUUCCAGGAAGGUUUCGACAGAGAAACGAAUCCUCGUCUUCGGUCAGCGGAGGCUCUUGGCAAAUAAUAUCAGGUACCGGAAGCCUCCGAGGUUCGACAACGGCCAAUUCUUCCAGCGGCGAAGUCGUCGGUGCUUCCUGUUCAACAGUCUGUAGACCAAUGUGUGAGGUUUGUCCGGGACAAGUAUCGCAAGAUUCUAGUACCACCAUUAUGGAAGAUGAAUGCCUGUCCCAGACCACUUCUGAACACCUUAAGCAAAGACGGAAAGAAAGACUUCAGAGCGUAAGAACGUUAUUUUACAACGCCUACUGUUCGACGAUCGGCUUCAAGUUCAAAGACGGUUCGGACUCUGCGCUGGGUAAUCUGUUCGGUAAUUUUGCCGAGAAGGUUGGAAUCCUUUCAGUGCAGCGUACAUCGUUGUGACCUAAGCCGUUGAUCAUCGUAACAUCUUAGCUUCUUCCCCUCAUCAUCCUAAUCACAAAUAAUUAAUUUAUCGUUAUUGAUUCUUUGAUUCAACUGAGAAAAUUUUAUUAAUAUUAUUAUUAUUCGCCUAACGAAAAAGAGAGACAUACACACAUAUUAAUAACUCACCGUUGUUGCUGACGUGUAUAUCAUGAUCAUGUAUCACGAUUGAAACGUGUCGUGUUCGGCUCACGUAUACGUCGUAAUAAAACUUGUUAUUUUUGUAUAUAAUAUAUCGUACGUUAUCCUUUUUAUAAUAAUCGAAGUCUUUGAAUCGUUCUCGCGCCUAUUAAUUAACACAUAUAUUAAAUAACGUUUACAAUAUUAUACGUACGUACUUGUAUUUAUUAUUAUAGAAUUUAAAAAUACGAUUAGUAUCGUUGAUCACAAAAAGAAAAUUCGGGAUCGAGUCAUCGGCUCGCUGUAUAAUCAGUGAAUAUUACUACAAUUUUUCAUGUUAUUUAAAUCAUUUUCACUUUAUGAGGUAUCCGAAAUUCGAAGAAUAUUCUUCGAGUUAAGAAACCCCAGAUCCACUUACUUAGCUAGCUAGCUGAUAAUGAGAAUAAAAAAGUGAAUUCUAAGCUGGAGAUUGAAAACGUCAUAGACCAAGUGAACCGCAGGCCUAUUGAUGACAAACACCUAAAAAUCUAUUUCUACUGCAUGAGAGGACACAUAAUCGCAAUAUUACAUAGGAAUGAAAUCGUGAUUGUAAAAUAAAAAGUAAUGAUAAUUGAUAAUUGGCUUGUAAGAUAUUAUACCAAAUUGUACAAAAUUUGUAAAUGGAAUCAUCGUUUCUUCCGUUGUUAAAAAUUGUAGGCACUAAGCCUUGUACUAAACUACGUGAGUUAGAAAAAACAUUUAUCUACUUAACACGAAUUACCUAUUCCAUAUUGAAAAGUUUACGAUAAAAAUCGAGCAACAUAAACAAUGGUUCAGCAUGUAACUGUUGUAAAGAUAAAAAAAAAUUAACACAAAAAAAACUGGAAAAAAACUUUUUAACUUAAGUUCUGAUUUCAAAUAAGAUCGAAGAUUUUUAAUUUAUUACUUGUGUACAGUGUAAUGUGAAAAAAAAAACUUUUUUUAUAUAUUUUGAUCAGAUCUGA